CAGACUUGGCCUUGAACUUACUGUGUAGCCCAGGGCAACUAUGAACUUGUGAUUUUUCCUACCUCUACUUCCAGAGCGCUGUGAUUAUAGAAAUGUAACACAUGCCUGGCUCUUACUCCUUUCUAAAAUAGGUAAACAUUUUUGUUAAAGAAUGUAUUUUCAGAGUAUAAAAAUAUUAAAGCUCAUUAUAGAAAAAGCUGAUUUAAAAAUGUCUCCCAAUCUAAAAGUCUUAUAGCAGUAAUGAUGUAGAAAUCUAGGUAACAAAAUGGCCAACAUAUCUGCUCUCAGAUGGGCUGUGGUGGGAAAAAAAUGACACAUCAUGUCAUAUUUUUAAUUUACCAAAACUAUGUUAUGUUUGAGAGUACCUUUUAUAAGUCAUUGGUGGAGGACUAUCCAAUAUUUGUGUCCUUAUAUAUGUAUAUCAGAUUAAUUUUGAGACUUAGUAUUUUUAAAAGACUGGAAAGUGUGUAUGUGUACAUGUAUAUAUUUUUUGAAAUAUAUAUCAAAUAUGUCUUGAUUCCAAGUUUAAGACGUGUUGGCACAUGCUGAGAUCUGUUUUUUUUCUCUUUUUUUGUCUCAGAUAAACUUGUGAAGAAAAUUGGAAGCAAAUGUUAAUUAGGUUGUUUUCAAAAUUAAACUCUUGGAAAAAUGGCAUAUUCCAAAGGAAGACUUCGAAUUGGUAAUUUGUAAUCAGUGCAGCUGAAAUUAAGGAACAAUGGAUGUGGAAAAUGAGCAGAUACUGAACGUAAACCCCACAGAUCCUGAUAAUUUAAGUGACUCUCUCUUUUCUGGUGAUGAAGAAAAUGCUGGGACUGAGGAAGUAAAGAAUGAAAUAAAUGGAAAUUGGAUUUCUGCAUCCUCCAUUAAUGAAGCUAGAAUUAAUGCCAAGGCAAAAAGACGUCUACGAAAAAACUCAUCCCGAGACUCUGGCAGAGGUGAUUCAGUCAGUGACAAUGGAAGUGAAGCAAUCAGAAGUGGAGCAACUGUGCCAACCAGUCCAAAAGGAAGGUUGCUGGACAGGCGAUCGAGAUCAGGGAAAGGAAGAGGACUGCCAAAGAAAGGUGGUGCAGGGGGCAAAGGUGUCUGGGGUACACCUGGACAGGUAUAUGAUGUGGAGGAGGUAGAUGUGAAAGAUCCUAACUAUGAAGAUGACCAGGAGAACUGUGUUUAUGAAACUGUAGUUUUGCCUUUGGAUGAAAUGGCAUUUGAGAAGACUUUAACGCCAAUUAUACAGGAAUACUUUGAGCAUGGAGAUACAAAUGAAGUUGCGGAAAUGCUGAGAGAUUUAAAUCUUGGUGAAAUGAGAAGUGGAGUGCCAGUGUUGGCAGUGUCCUUAGCACUGGAGGGGAAGGCUAGUCAUAGAGAAAUGACAUCUAAGCUUCUUUCUGACCUUUGUGGGACAGUAAUGAGCACAAAUGAUGUGGAAAAAUCAUUUGAUAAAUUGCUGAAAGAUCUACCUGAAUUAGCAUUGGAUACUCCUAGAGCACCACAGUUGGUGGGCCAGUUUAUUGCUAGAGCUGUUGGAGAUGGAAUUUUAUGUAAUACCUAUAUUGAUAGUUACAAAGGAACUGUAGAUUGUGUACAGGCUAGAGCUGCUCUGGAUAAGGCUACUGUGCUCCUAAGUAUGUCUAAAGGUGGAAAGCGUAAAGAUAGUGUGUGGGGAUCAGGAGGUGGGCAGCAGUCUGUCAAUCACCUUGUUAAAGAGAUUGAUAUGCUGCUGAAAGAGUAUUUACUCUCUGGAGACAUAGCUGAAGCUGAACAUUGCCUUAAGGAACUGGAAGUACCUCACUUUCACCAUGAGCUUGUAUAUGAAGCUAUUGUAAUGGUUUUAGAGUCAACUGGAGAAAGUGCAUUCAGGAUGAUUUUGAAUUUAUUAAAAUCCCUUUGGAAGUCUUCUACCAUUACUGUAGACCAAAUGAAAAGGGGAUAUGAGAGAAUUUACAAUGAAAUUCCAGACAUUAAUUUGGAUGUCCCACAUUCAUACUCUGUGCUUGAGAGAUUUGUAGAAGAAUGUUUUCAGGCUGGAAUAAUUUCCAAACAACUCAGAGAUCUUUGUCCUUCAAGGGGCAGAAAGCGUUUUGUAAGUGAAGGAGAUGGAGGUCGUCUUAAACCAGAGAGCUACUGAAUAUUAAGAACUCUUGCGGUCUUAGAUGUUAUAAAAAUAUAUAUCUGAAUUGUAAGAGUUAUUAGCACAGGUUUUUUUUUUUUUUUUUUUUUUAAGCACUUGUUUUGGGUACAAGGCAUUUCAGAAAUUUUAUAAACUUACGGGGAAUUUUUAAAGGAAGUGUUUUCUUUCUUCUUUGUUUUUGAGGGCAUAAAGGAGGGACAAAAAAGUAACCACUUCUUAAGUGGAAAAUUCUAAUAAGCUACCUUUUGUAAGUGCCAUGUUUAUGACCUAAUCAUUCCAAGUUUUGCAUUGAUGUCUGACUGCCACUCUUUUCUUUCAAGGACAGUGUUUUUUUGUAGUAAAAUCACUGGUUUAUACAAAGCUUUAUUUAGGGGGUAAAGUUAAGCUGCUAAAACCCCAUGUUGGCUGCUGCUGUUGAAAUACUGUGCUUCGGGAGUAAAAAAAAAAGUUUUUUGUCUUAAAGAGUUUUUAAAAAUGAGUUAGUCAUGAGACUUAUUCAUCUUUCCAGGGAACAUACUGAAUGUUCUUAAAGACUAAACAGUUAAGUAUAUGGUGGCUGGAACAUCUAUUUUUCUACAAAACUGGAAAAUUAAACCUGGUUCUACAAGAAUGUACAACAGAAAAUAAAACAUGUGAAACAGUGUUGAUUCUUUAUUGGGAGUAUGUUUAUUUUAGGUCUUUAAAAAUUUUUUUAAAUUUCUUUUCUAGCAUCACAAGGCCCUGGUCCAAUCCUCAGAACUGCCAAAAACCAAAAUUAGAAAAACAAAAAACAAACCCAAAUACCUUAAAAUUUCACACAGUAAGUGUUAAAUCGUUUGUUAAAGGUAGCACAUUUAAACCUAGUGAAUUUAACCUGCAUUCCUUAUGAAGUUUCUUAUUUUUUACUUGCAGACUUUUAAAUCAGUAAAAAGAAAUGCUUAUAAGGUUAUAUUGCUGAAAAUGCAUGCACA